AUGGCCAAUCCUAAAUUCUUCGAGAAGUCCCAUCACAUCAACAUGGACGAGGCAGCGUUCAGCAAUGUUGGGCAUAACCAGUACAACAAUCACUAUGGGCAUGUUACCAAAGUCAAAGGCUCUAACAACAAAACUACAACUAAUAAUUAUGGUUCUUAUAAUAGAACAUAUAACUACAUUCCUCCUGACGAAGAUGGGUCGGAGAGCGAGGGUGAGGCUGCAGGUAAGAAGUCGAUGUCAGACGGUAGCAAAUCGCAGAAACGACCAAAACGCCCGAAAGCUCAGCCGUCCCGAUCAGCACCUUCAGUCAUGGAACGUGAUGAGGAUUCAGACGAAAACUCGGAUGUUGAAUCAUAUGGUAGUCACGAGAUUGGUAAUAGAGGGCAGACUCAGCGGACGAAAGAAGAACACGAGGCGCGUGCUGCACGUCUUCGACAAAAAGCGCGGGCGAAAGAUAAGAAUACACCGGUGGCCGCUAAUGCGCCUUAUGCUAACCCUCAGUUUUCCCCUCCUGGGCCGUACCAGCCACCUCCGCAACAACACCAGUACCCAUCUUACUCUCAGCAGCAGUAUCCACCACCGCCGCCACCGCCGCCACCACAGCAUCCCCAUCAGCCAUAUCAACCUGAAGGCUUUUACCAGUCUUACCCACCAGGUCCUCCGCAUUCCUACCAACCGCCCUAUCCAAACGAUCCUUACCAUUCCCCACCGCCAACAGGAUACUAUCCUCCUGCCUAUCAACAGCCACCUCCACCGUCUACGCCCGGCGGAGUGUCAUAUUCACAAGCACCACCACCACCGCAGUAUCCUCAAAACGGACCACGCAACUACUACCCUCAUCCAAAUGGUCCUUCGGACCCCAACUAUGGCCUUCCUCCCCAAUCUUCAUCAAGGCACAACCAAUACUCCCCACCUUCACCAUCGGCCCUUCCUCCCCAAUCGGCCCCUCCUCCCCAAUCUUCAUCAGGGCAUAACCAAUACUUCCCACCUCCACCAUCGCAAUAUCCUCAUCAGAACGCUCCACGCGGGUACCGCGACUAUGGGCCUCCUUCCCAAUCAUCAGCGGUUGCCGGGUACCCGCAUCCUUCAGAAGCUCCAGCUUACCCAAACGAAUAUCCGAGAAACCAAGCACAGUACCCCUCCCAGAGCAGCCGACCGCAUUUUCCUCCUCAGACCAACCAGGCACAAUAUCAACCUCAGAGCAGCUCACCGCGGUAUCCUCCUCGCGACGACCGCUAUUAUACCCCCCCUUCUCCCCCUCCACCAACUGUCAACUCGGACCUCAUUCAUCGUGCACCUGAGAGUUCAUACGAAGGCCAGCAACCGAGGAGGGAUACAAACCCGUUUAGGAAGCUCACGAGAACGGCACCGCCGAGUUCUACAGCGGCGAUGCAUCCACCACCUGAACACCUUGGGGGAACGGCGGGUGGAUAUACCCAGAGUGCGCGCCACAAAAAUCGGUCACGUGGGAGGGAGGAGGACGGUUAUUGA